GCCCCGCCCGCGCCGCCGGCGGGCCCGCUGGCGGUCCCAGGGCCGCUGGGCGGCGGCCGCAGCGACAGCAAGGAGGCGGCCAGCAGCGGCAGGAGGGGCCGGCGCGGCGGCAGCAAGGGCAGGGCGGUGGACCCGCCGGAGGAGACGACGUGUACGUGACAGACGAGGUCGUAGGGUGGCAGCCCAAGCGGCGAGCGAGGCCGAAGUUGCCGCCCUGGGAGGCGGACUCAGACGGCGACGGUGGCCCGGCUCAGCGCGACGGCCGCUGGGCCGCCUCCGGGCGGGCCAGCGGCGUGGCCGCGGCGCAGGGCGAGUGGGGGCCUUUUGCCGCGGAGGGGGCGUCGAAGGCCGCGGAGCGCGUCUACCGCGGCGAGCCCCGGCCCGCCUGGGCGACGGAGGGCCGGUGCCCGGACGUGCUGCCCUCGUACGAGGAGGAGGUGCUCGGGCUGAGGCGGACAGGACGCACAGGGGGACACUUCGCUGAUGAACAUGAGGAGCAGUACCGCCAGGAACUGAAGGAGGCCGCCAGGAAGGAGGGCCUGGACCUCUUCGAUGUGUCCCUGCUCUACACGCGCACGCGGGGAGGUGGUCACUGGGAGAAGUCCGACAAAGCGAUCAGGCGAGAGUUGACCGCGACAGCGACAAGACGCCUUGUCUAUAUUCACCGACCCCGAGCUGCCCUCCCUCGAGGACUUCGACGCGGAGGCGGAAUUCCUCCUGCAGGAGGGAGAGCGACGCCGCCGGCCUCGUCUUCCGGUGCGACGACGACGCGCACGGGUCCGAGCACCUGCUGUUCGCGGUCAACGUCGAGGAGGAGAACCGGGGCGAGGAGAGUGAAGCUCCUGCAGUACCCCAACCAGCUUGGCGUGAACGAGUACGGCGAGCUCUUCUGCUGCGACGCAGACGAGGAGGACCUUCCCAUCGGCAGCUGGUUUCAGAUUCGGGUCAGGGCCGUCCACGACACGGUCGCGCUCUUCCUUGAGCACAGGCAGAUUGGGCAGGUCCAGCUCGGCGACUCAGUGCGGAAGUCUGGCUCCCUGGGGGUGUGGUGCAGGGCGUCCUCCACCGUCAUCGUGCAGCACGUGGUGGCCGUCGACCUCACGAAGUACUCGAACUCGCUGGACGGCGUGGGCACGAAGGUCGAGGAGGAGACCUCCUGGUCAACACGAGGAGGGAGCACGACCGGCUCGCGGACACGUUUCUGGCCACCCGCGCCUCGCGCGUCAUACAGCGCAUCGCCAGGACGCUGA